ACUCACCAGGCAAAGACCACAACAAGAUGCUGCAGGGAGUGAAGAACAUUGUGCGGAGUGGAUGGGUGGCGACAGCGGUAUCAGCAGCCUUCUCUACCGGCGUGAGAAUGAGCACACCGUAUGCUACCGAUUUGGACUUGUCCACGAGCACGGCGCGCAAGUCGCUGAGGAAGCGCGCUGCGGAGGAACGGAUCAAGCGGCAGCCGUAUGCCAUCCACAAGGCAGGGCCGAUGGUGCUCUUUGAUCCGCUGACCAACAAGGGAACCGGCUUUCCCUUUGCUGAGCGCGAGCGUCUCAACAUCCGUGGUCUCGUCCCGCCGGCCUACUUUCCGCCCGAGGCCCAGAUGGAGCGCAUUCUCCGCUCGUACCACGCCAUCGAUCCUGCCAAUGCCAUUGAAAAGUACAACUUCCUCUCGGCGCUGCAGGAUCGCAACGAGGUGCUUUUCUAUCGCAUUCUCUCUGAAAACAUCACAGAGAUGGCGCCGAUUGUGUACACGCCAACGGUCGGCGAGGCGUGCACCCAGUUCAACUCGAUCUUCCGCCGGCCGCGUGGCAUGUUCUUCUCGGCCAAGGACCGGUACGAGAUGUCGGCCAUGGUGUACAACUGGCCGCACUCGGUCGAUGUCAUUGUGGUCACUGACGGCUCGCGCAUUCUCGGCCUCGGUGACCUCGGCGUCGGUGGCAUGGGCAUUCCCAUCGGCAAGCUUGCCCUCUACGUCGCCGCCGGUGGCAUCCACCCGGCCCGCACCAUGCCGGCCAUUCUCGACGUUGGCACCAACAACGAGGCCCUCCUUGCCGACCCGCUCUACCUCGGCCUCCGCCAGCCGCGGCUGACCGGCGAGGACUACGACUCGCUCAUGGACGAGCUCAUGACCGCGCUCAAGUUCCGCUUCCCAGAAGCGCUCAUCCAGUUUGAGGACUUUUCGAAUGAGAACGCGGCCCGCAUCCUCUCCAAGUACCGCGACACCCACCUGUGCUUCAACGACGACAUCCAGGGGACCGGGGCUGUCGCGCUUGCCGGCGUCCUCUCGGCCAUCCGUAAGCAGGGCUACGCCCCGCACCACCUGCCCAAUCUCCGCAUCGCCGUCCUCGGCGCUGGCUCGGCUGGCCUCGGCGUUGUCCAGUCGCUCAUCAACGGCAUGAUUGAAGAGGGCGCCACGCCGGAGCAAGCCCACUCGGCCUUUUACCUCGUGGACGUCGACGGCCUCCUCGGCGCCGAGCGCAAGAAGCUCUCGCCGCUGCAGAAGCCGCUGGCGCGGACCGACCUGCCCGACGGCAUGCCCAUGCUCGACGUUGUCCGCAAGGUCAAGCCCGACGUCCUGCUCGGCCUCUCGGGCGUCUCGGGCGGUUUCACCGAGGAGAUUGUCAAGGCCAUGGCCAACUCGGUCCAGCACCCGAUCAUUUUCCCGAUGAGCAAUCCGUCGUCGAACACCGAGUGCACACCGGCUCAGGCCAUCGAGUGGACCGACGGGCGCGCCCUUGUCGCCACGGGCUCGCCGUUUGAGGUGACCACGUACAAGGGCAAGCGGUUUGCCACCUCGCAGUGCAACAACUACGUGGCCUUCCCGGGCCUCGGCUUUGGCGCCAUCGCCGCCAAGGCGUCCAAGGUCACCGACGGCAUGCUCUACGCCACCGCCCGCGCCAUCGCAGACUGUGUCACCGACGCCGACCUCGAGGCCGGCAAGCUCUUCCCCGACCCGGACGAGCUCCGUGAGACGUCGGCGCUCGUCGCCACUGCCGUCAUCAAGCAGGCGCUUGCCGAGGGCAUUGCCCAGCGCCCGGGCCUCGAGGGCCUCUCGGACGGCGACAUCCACUCGCUCGUCCUGUCCAAGAUGUGGGAGCCUGCGUACGUGACCCUUGUCGAGGACGCGCGUGCCGCCAAGCACCGGUAGUAGAGUAAACUAGCCAAGAUACCUA